UUAUUUGACACUCUAAUGGGGUCUUCAUCAAGCCUCGACUUGAAUACUUCAUUGCUAUCAAAUAUAUUAUCUCCCCCUUCAACUCCAGACGCUUCACAAAUGCUCAUUCCGCCAGCAUUCGACCUCCUUCAUUUCCUCCCAUCUUCCCUGCUUAAUCAUGGAAAGCUUGCAAGUGCAGAGCGCAUCGUCUCCUUUACCCUCCUUUAUAUUCACGUUCUUACCUACGCGCCCCCGCUAUCUGCCAUGCUUUCAUCAUUGCUUCCCCCGGUGUCAAGUGCAUAUCACAGAAGCGCUCGGGAAAGAAUGUCGUGAGAUCUGCCGCGCUUACAGACAAACAGCGCAUAAGGGCGGGUGU